AUGGGGACGACAUUACAGAGUCUGAGCGCCCUCCUGCAGCGGAGCACGAUCAACGACCACGAGGAAAUUAUCAAAGCAUGCAACGUGAUAUUAAAGAAGUCUCGGAACGAUGUCGAAGCACAGCAUAUUAAAACCAUUGCGCUGAUAAAGCUAGACCGAUUCGAUGAUGCGAUUCGUGUAAUUGAGGAAGGAGGUGACACAUUGAAGAAAAGGUUACCACUUGAACGGUCUUAUGCGUUAUAUAAAUCUGGGAAACUAGACGAGGCAACGGCCAUUGCGACGUCUAUCGGUUCCGGGAGAGGUGCAAAGCAUGUUGAAGCUCAGGCGUCCUAUCGGGCAGAAUCCUUUGACCGAACCGGCAAGAUAUAUCAAGAUCUACUCAGGGACGAGACGGCUUCGACAGAGGAACUCACCGAUUUGCAAAUAAAUAUAACCGCAACUGAAGCACAGAGGAUUUGGGCAGGCCAAAGCAGUUCUAUAGGAGACUUGGUGCCGAAGAGGGAGAAUUUAGACGUUUUUGAAACUGCCUACAACGUGGCAUGUGAACAUAUAGCCAGGGGCCACUAUGAGAAAGCUCGGAUGCUUCUCAAGAGGUCAAAAGCACUAUGUCAAGCAUCCGAUGAACUCUCGCCAGAAGACAAGGAGGCAGAAUUGCUACCCAUUAUAAUCCAAGAAAUAUAUGUUUAUCUGCGACAAGGGAAGCUUGAAGAGGCAGAUGCCCUCAUUGGACCAAUCAACCCUGCCGACAUCACUGAAUCUUCCACCAAGAUCGUUGCUGAAAACCACGCUCUUCUAACAACCCAUCGAAACUUGAAUCCUUACUUGAAAUACAAGAGCUUCAGCAGCACCUCCCGGCCAAAUGAUAAUGAUAAAUUAUUCUUUUACCAGAAUGAUAUCUUGACUAGAAACGCUUAUGUGAUCGACCUUCUUGUCCAGAAAUUUGACGGAGUUUCAAGGUCGACAUCGAAAACUCUCUCACAGCACCCCUCCACUACCCUGUCCUCAGACACCAAUUCACUGGCUGUGUUUAAUGCCGCCGCGCACACCCAAGGAGCAGAAGGCAAGAGUGCGAUAAAGAAGAUAUCGUCUCUUGUCGAGACGCGCCCUCACGAUCUCGGCCUUAUCUUUGUCCUUGUUCAGCUUCAUGUUGCAAAUGGAAACAUCAAUGCCGCAAUAUCGACUCUAGAGGAAUUCUCGAAAAGAGUGGAAAGCACUAGCGAUGACUCUAGCCUGAGGGUUCGAUUCAGCCCCGGCUUGGUCAACAUCUUAGUCACGCUCUAUAAAACCCAGGGUCGCAAGCAUCACAUAAAUUCUGAACUAUCAAAGGCUGCCAAAUACUGGCAGAAGAAGGAUCCAUCAAGCCAGCCAAUCCAACUUCUCCGUGCGGCUGCAAUCUCCCUAUUUAACUCUCAUGAUUCAUCAGAUAUAUCUACCGCUGCUGAAAUCUUCGCCCAUCUCCAUUCUAUUGACGAUACUGAUCGCAUAGCAACCGCGGGCUUCGUGGCUUCACACGCGAUAACCUCCCCAGCCCUCGUUGAGUCCAGCGUAAAAACACUUUCACCUGUCCAACAGUUAAUCGCUGAUGUAAAUGUCACCGCUUUGGAAGAAGCUGGUGUUCAAUUGCCUACCAGCACGACCAUUGCUUCUUUGAACCAAGGUCAAAAACGACGCGCGCCGGAUGCGGAGACGAAGCGAAGCAAACGAGUCCGGAAGGCAAAGAACAUGGAUCCAAACGAGAAAGUGGACCCUGAAAGAUGGCUGCCACUGAGAGAUCGCUCCAGUUAUCGACCGAGAGGGAAGAAGGGCAAGCAAAAGGCUGCUGAUCGAACCCAAGGUGGUGUUGUCAAUGAGAAGACCGAAGACGGCAACGGCUCGUCUACGCCUGCAAAAGGCGGCAGUCAAGUUAUCGGAGGUGGCAGUGGCGCGAGGAAGAAAAAGGGAAAAGGGAAGAAGUAG